CAAACGGGGGCUGCUCCGCUGUUGAGCCUAGGAAAGCUGAUUCAGUCUCUGGUCUCUGGCUCUGGCGAACUGGAGGCUUGGCCUCUGAGCUCCAAGCCUGCCGUCGUCUGCUCCAAACCCCUCCUCCUCUCCUGCCGCUGCCGUUUCCUGUGGCUGAGACUCUGGCCCAACCAUGAGCUCACCGCCCCUAAUGGGUUGCAGCUGCCUCACUGCUCAACCCCAACUCCCCCUUCCUCCCCUCGUAGCUGAGGCCCACUUAGCCUCAUCCCUGCCUGUCUCCUCCCUAACACCGCCCACCCCCACGCGCACAGUGCCGACGGGGUCCUGGAAACACUAAGGGUCUGUUUUACUCGCCCACACACCUUGGGGCCUGGUCUGGGCGCUUAUGCAUUGAAUGUCUGACUCAGGAGGGGUUGCCCUAGCUUCUUAGGCUGCUGGGACACGCUAGCUACUCUGACUGGAGGGACUUAGGGGUAAAAUAUGCAGUUUUGUCUGGAGGCCAGAGCAAGGCAUGUGGGCAGUGAUGGGGGUGGGUAGAGAGCUAGGUAAAUACUGCCAUGACUACCACUUUUCCAAUGAACUUCAAAGUCUGUCUUGAAAGAGAGAAUGAAGCAAAGAAAUAGCCCAAGGGGGUGUUGUUUUGAGUGUGAGAUGGUGAAAGAUGUCACAUUGAUUCACUUGAAGGGGGCCAAUCUGUGUGAAGCUGGGUGAGUCCUUUGAGCUCAUCUGGUGGCUCCAGGUCUAAGUUGGCAGAGAGAGGGCCCACUGGAAUUAGAAAAAGCUGGAAUGCAUACCAACAAGGCCUCCUCCUCCCUUUUCCAAUGUUCCUUUUGUGCCUUUUUCCUCUUUUAAAUGCCCCCACCCAGUUCUUUGUAACUCAAUCCCACAGACUCUAGAAAUGGAUGAUAGCUUGAGAGCCAUUCUGGAGAGAAGAGUACUAUAAAGAAUGCCAGUCCCCCUGUCCUUCUUCCCACCCAUGUUUGUGGGUAUAGAGGAGCCUGAGCCCGUGGAGGACUGUGUGCAGAGCACACUUGCUGCCUUGUACCCACCCUUUGAAGCCACAGCCCCAACCCUGCUGGGCCAGGUGUUCCAGGUGGUGGAGAGAACUUACCGGGAGGAUGCAUUGAGAUACACACUGGAUUUCCUGGUGCCAGCCAAGCACCUGCUUGCCAAGGUCCAGCAGGAAGCCUGUGCCCAGUACAGUGGAUUCCUCUUCUUCCAUGAGGGCUGGCCCCUCUGCCUGCAUGAGCAGGUGGUGGUACAGCUAGCAGCCUUGCCCUGGCAGCUGCUGCGCCCAGGAGAUUUCUACCUGCAGGUAGUACCUUCAGCAGUCCAAGCACCUCGGCUGGCACUCAAAUGCCUGGCCCCAGGGGGCGGAAGGGUGCAGGAGUUGCCUGUGCCCAAUGAGGCUUGUGCCUACUUGUUCACACCUGAGUGGCUACAAGGCAUCAACAAGGACCGGCCAACAGGUCGCCUCAGCACUUGUCUACUCUCUGCACCAUCUGGAAUCCAGCGGCUGCCCUGGGCUGAGCUCAUCUGUCCACGGUUUGUACACAAAGAAGGCCUCAUGGUUGGGCAUCAGCCAAGCACACUGCCCCCAGAACUGUCAUCUGACCCCCCAGAGCUUCCCAGCCCUCCACUCUCUGAGGAGGUGCUAGGUACCCGGAGUCCUGGGGAUGGGCAUAAUGCUCCUGCAGAAGGCCCAGAGGGUGAGUAUGUGGAGCUGUUGGAGGUGACGCUGCCUGCAAGGGGGAUCUCUACAGAUGCUGAGGGCUCUUCAGGUCUCUCCAGGACACGGACAGUACCCCCUCGCAGGAAUGCUGGGGGAAAGGGCCGGCACCGGCGACAUCGGGCAUGGAUGCACCAGAAGGGCCUGGGGCCUCGGGACCAGGAUGGGACACGACCACCUGGUGAGGGGAGCAGCACUCGAGCCUCCCCUGGGUCUCCCCAAGGAUCUGAGACUGUGCCAGAGGCAAUAGUCCUGGAAGGAUCUGAGGCCCCAGCAGAGAACUUGGAAGAAACAUCUGAAUCUUGCCCCCUUCGGCUAGGGGAGGCUGGAGGAGGAGGCCUGGGGACUGAAGGACCACCUGGUACCCCUCGAAGAACAGGGAAGGGAAACAGGAGAAAAAAGCGAGCUGCAGGCAGAGGGGCUGUUAGCCAAGGAGGAGACAAUGGCCCUCUCAGCCCUGGAGACAAGGAAGAGACCAGAUACCAGGAAACUCUUCUCAAUCUGCCCUCACCAAAUGAACACAAGCUUCCAGAAUGUGGUCUGGUUAAGGAGGAUGAAGGCUUGAGGAAAUUGGAAUCUGUGCCAAUAGAGGAACUCACACCAGCAGAUAAAAAAGAAAAUAGGCCCCCAGAAGACAGUGAGCCUACAGAAGAUGGUGCCUUAGAGACAGAGCAAGAGGACAUGAGCCUGGUACAUACGGCAGGAUCCAUAAGUCCAGAGGAGUUCCUGUCUGAACCUCCAACACAGACCCUGGAAACUGGGCAGGAAGUAAAAGGGGAGAGCACUCCAGAAGAGGCCACCAUCUCUGAUGACCCUGAUGUAGCUUGGGAUUUGAUGGCAUCUGGAUUCUUCGUCCUGACUGGUGGGGUAGACCACUGUGGGCGAGCUCUACUGACCAUUACCCCUCCGUGCCCUCCUGAGGAGUCCCCAGCCUCUCAAGACACUCUGAGCUCUGCUCUUCAUUACCUGCACUCAUUGCUCAGGCCUGAUCUGCAGGUAUUGGGGCUGUCCAUUCUGUUGGACCUUCGCAGGGCACCCCCACUCCCUCCUGCACUCAUUUCCAUCCUGAAUCAACUUCAGGACUCAGGAGACCCUCCCCUUAUUCAGCGGCUACUAAUUCUCACCCAGGAUGCCCUUCAGACUGAACUCUGUGGAUUUCAGGGUGCUGAGUUGCUUUCAGAGAAUGAAUUGAAAAGAGUGGCCAAGCCAGAGGAAUUGCAAUGGGACCUAGGAGGUCACAGGGACCCCUCCCCAAGCCACUGGGUAGAGGUACAUCAGGAAGUGGCGAGGCUAUGUAUGCUGUGUCAAGGUGUGCUGAGUUCUGUACGACAGGCAAUUGAGGAGCUGGAGGGAAAAGCGGAGCUAGAGGGAGAGGAGGUAGUGGGAAUGCCUGAGCCCCUGAAGAAGGUACUAGCAGAUCCUCGGCUGACAGCUUUACAGAGGGAUGGAGGAGCCAUCCUGAUGAGACUUCGCUCCACCCACAGCAGCAAGGUGGAGGGCCCAGGUCCAGCCACAUUAUACCAGGAAGUGGAUGAAGCCAUCCACCAGCUUGUGCGCCUCUCCAACCUUCAUGUGCAGCAACAAGAGCAACAGCAACGCCGGCACCGACUCCAACAGGUGCUACAAUGGCUCUCAGGCCCAGGGGAGGAGCAGCUGGCUAGCUUUGCUGUGCCUGGUGACUCCCUGUCUGCCUUGCAAGAGAAAGAGCUUCAAUUCCGGGCUUUCAACACUGAGGUUCAGGAACGCCUGGCCCAGGCCCGGGAGGCCUUGGAUCUGGAGGAGGACACUACUUCUCAGAAGGUUCUAGAUGUCUUUGAACAGCGCUUGGAGCAGAUGGAAAGUGGCCUCCAUCGGGCCCUGAGGCUUCAGCGCUUCUUCCAACAGGCACACGAGUGGGUGGAUGAGAGCUUCGCUAGACUAGCAGGAGCUGGGCCCAGUCGUGAGUCUGUACUGGCAGCCCUAGCCUUGCGGCGGGCUCCAGAGCCCAGUGCUGGAACCUUCCAGGAGAUGCGGUCUCUGGCUUUGGACCUGGGCAGCCCAGCAGCCCUGAGAGAAUGGGGUCGUUGCCGAGCCCGCUGCCAAGAGCUGGAAAAAAGGAUUCAACAACAGCUGGGAGAAGAGGCCAGUCCUCAGGGCCACCGGCGACAACGGGCAGACAGUGCCAGCAGCACAGGGGGCCAGCAGGGCUCACACAGCCCCUUACCCAGCCUCAGGUCCCUGCUGCUGACUAGCAGCCCUGGGCCACGCGGGGCCCCAUCCCAUUGCUCCCUGGCCCCCUGUGGGGAAGACUAUGAAGAUGAGGACCUUGAACUGGCCCCAGAAGCAGACAGCAGACCCGCAAGGGCUGUGCUAAUCCGAGGCCUUGAAGUCACCAGUACUGAGGUGGUAGACAGAACAUGUUCACCUCGGGAACAUGUACUGCUGGGCCGGGCUGGGGGGCCAGAUGGUCCUUGGGGAGUAGGCACCCCUCGGAUAGAACGCAAACGAAGUAUCAGUGCCCAGCAGCGCCUGGUGUCUGAACUGAUUGCCUGUGAGCAAGACUAUGUGACCACUCUGAGUGAGCCGGUGCUACCCCCGGGGCCUGAGCUGACUCCAGAACUUCGGGGCACCUGGGCUGCUGCCCUGAGUACCCGGGAGAGACUUCGAAGCUUCCACCGCACUCACUUCCUGCGGGAGCUUCAGGGCUGUGCCGCCCACCCCCUGCGCAUCGGGGCCUGCUUCCUUCGACAUGGGGACCAGUUCAGCCUCUAUGCCCAGUUCGUGAAGCACCGACACAAACUCGAAAAUGGUCUGGCUGUGCUCAGCCCCCCAACCAAGGGCUCCAUGGAAAGUGGUCCUAGUUUGCCCCGAGCUCUGCAGCAGCCCCUAGAACAGCUGGCUCGAUAUGGGAGGCUCUUGGAGGAGCUCCUGCGUGAAGUUGGGCCUGAGCUGAGUUCUGAGCGCCAGGCCCUCAGGGCUGCUGUGCAGUUGCUCCGGGAACAAGAGGCCCGAGGAAGAGAUCUGCUAGCUGUGGAGGCAGUGCGAGGCUGUGAGAUAGAUCUGAAGGAGCAAGGGCAGCUCUUGCAUCGGGACCCAUUCACUGUUGUUUGUGGCCGGAAGAAAUGCCUUCGUCACGUCUUUCUUUUUGAACACCUGCUCCUAUUCAGCAAACUCAAAGGCUCUGAUGGGGGUUUGGAGACCUUUGUUUACAAGCAGGCUUUUAAGACUGCUGACAUGGGGCUGACAGAAAACAUUGGGGAAAGUGGACUGUGUUUUGAGCUGUGGUUUCGGCGGCGGCGUGCACGAGAGGCAUACACUCUGCAAGCAACCUCACCAGAGAUCAAACUCAAGUGGACAAGUUCUAUUGCCCAGCUGCUAUGGAGACAGGCAGCCCAUAACAAGGAGCUCCGAGUGCAGCAGAUGGUCUCCAUGGGCAUUGGGAAUAAACCCUUCCUGGACAUCAAAGCUCUUGGGGAGCGGACACUGAGCGCCUUGCUUACUGGAAGAGCUGCCCGCACCCGGGCCUCAGUGGCCGUGUCAUCCUUUGAGCAUGCUGGCCCCUCCCUUCCGGGUUUCUCGCCGGGAGCCUGCUCCCUGCCUGCUCGCGUCGAGGAGGAGGCCUGGGAUCUGGACGUCAAGCAAAUUUCCCUGGCCCCAGAAACACUCGACUCUUCUGGAGAUGUGUCCCCAGGACCAAGAAGCAGUCCCAGCCUGCAAGGCCCUCACCCUGGGAGCAGCACCCCGACUCUGGCCAGUGGAGGAAUCUUAGGGCUAUCUCGACAGAAUCAUGCCCGAGCCCUGAGCGACCCCACCACUCCUCUCUGACUGAGGUCAGUAUCCCCUUUCUACCUCCAGCAAGUGCCUUCUUUCCUGAUCUCUGCUACUCAGCAGUCAGCUUCUUCCCUCUCCCAACCCAUCUCCCUCUUCUCUCCUGGCAUCUAGAGAAGACCCAGAACUUGGCUGCCACUCCUCCUCUCAGCACGUUUUAGGCUGGGAAGCCAGUGAGACAUAAUGGAGGACUAGGAGAAGUCUGAAUUCUCUCUGCUUCCUGAACAGAGGAGGGUUAAGGACCACAGCACACCCCUGCUACUGCUAUCUUAUCUCUAGCUCUCCCCUGCUUGGUGCCUUCUGCUGCAACAACAAAGCACAUUUGCUAGCUUUCUUUAUCCUGGAGGUGUGGAAAUCACCCCUCUUGCUGUCCUUUCCCAUCCUAGGCACAGCUCUGCUGACAGCCUGUUUCUCUCUCUUCUUAUCCCAUAACUCUCCCAGAGAAGACUUCAGCUGUCCUUGGAGUUCCUGGUGACUCCAUUCUGGGGUGUCUUGGGAAAUGGGCCUUAUACAAACCAUUGAAGGAGUGGGCCAAUAACUGCAGACUUUAUAUAUGUAAUUACUCUUAUUGUACUAUUGUUAUAUUAAAUGUAUUUACUCAUACUCUGCCUCCCAGAAGCCAAAGCAGUCCUCUGAAUUACUGUGUUUCUACUAAGUUAAGCACUUCCCCUCAACCAUUAACGAGAACACAAAAUAAACCCAAGCCGGGAAGGUGGCCAUCUACCCCUUAGCGGCCUAAUGACUGUGCAUGAGCUAGGAGAAUGUACCUUCUCCUCAGUGGCUCCAGAAGCUCAAUGAAGUUC